AUGAUUAAGAUAGAACGUGGGAUCACAUUUGAGAUGUUUAAAAGGAAGAUCCAGACAAAACUGAAACUGUCUAGUUGUCACGUAAUUUCUAGAUUAAUUGCACGAAUUUUAGUUGGAACAAAUGGUCGAUAUCAUACAGCUCUAGAUGUAUGUGACGAUGAAGAUAUAGAUUGCAUGAUAAGUGCUUGUCAACAACAACAUCAUAGGAAUGUAGUUGAGAUAUAUGUGGAUGUUGCGGUUGGUGAAACAUCUUCUGUUGUAGCACGUCCGUUAGAAGUGAAUUUAUCAUUCUCACAUAUUCAUGGAAGUGAUGAUGAUGAUUAUGCCACAAGAGAAGAUACUGAGACAGAUGAUGAUUGUGAUUCAAUGAUCAAUAUGAAAGGUAUUGUAAGAGUUAGUUCAACACAACAACAACAAGGAGAAGCAACAUUGCCCUUUUGGAAUAUAAGUCCACAUUACAGUUAUAUUAAUUGGGAACACUCUGAUCAAGAAUUAGAUUUUGUUGGUAUGAAUGACGCGCAAUCAUGGAAGGAAGGAGAUGCAUUAUAUGUUGGACAACUAUUUGACACUAAAGAAGAUGUAAGAAUGGCUGUAAAACAUUACGCCAUGAGGAAACAUCAAACUUUUUUUGUGGUGGAGUCAAAAGCAACAACAUAUGUUGUGAAGUGUGUCAAUCACAAUAGUGGAUGUCCUUGGAGAGUUCGAGCAUCCUUGCCAAAAAAUGCAGACAAGUGGAAAAUUAUAAAGUGGGGUGGUGCCCAUACAUGCGUAAAUGUUUCAAUCUCUCAAGACCACCAAAAGUUGGAUUCCAAAUUUAUUUGCUCAUGCAUUCUUGGUAUGGUGAAAGAAGAACCAUCAGUCCCGAUUUCGUUAAUUCAAGAGAGAAUUAGUGGUCAAUUUGGAUAUUCAAUUUCGUACAAGAAGGCAUGGAAAGCAAAACAAAAAGCAAUAGUUACUGUCUUUGGUCACACCGUGGAUAAUAGAUAUCGAGUUUUUCAUUGGUUGUAUUGGUCGUUCAAGCAAUGUCAUGAAGCUUUCAACUUUUGUAAGCCUAUAAUACAGGUAGAUGAAACAUUUUUGUACGGUAAGUACCGACAAACUUUGCUAAUUGCUACGACUCAAGAUGGUAACAAUUGUGUGCUUCCCAUUGCAUUUGCCAUUGUCGAAGGAGAAACGUUAUCUGCAUGGGAAUGGUUUUUAGCCAUGAUUCGUAUACAUGUGACAAAUAAGGCAGGGCUAUGUUUGAUCUCAGAUCGACAUCAAAGUAUAAAAGGUGCAGUCUCUAAUCCACAUCUAGGUUGGCAACCUCCAAAUGCUUAUCAUGUUUAUUGCAUUCGUCACAUUGCCAGCAAUUUCAAUCGACGAUUCAAAAAUACCAUGUUGAAGAAAAAACUAAUUCAAUUAGGAUAUACACCAUCAAAACAGAUUUUUGAAUCUAAACUUAAUACGUUUCGAUCACAAUCACCUGAAAUUCAGACUUGGAUAGAUAAUAUAUCAAAGGAAAAGUGGAGCUUGGCUUAUGAUGAUGAAGGACGUCGUUAUGGACACAUGACUACUAAUUUGUCUGAGUCUGUAAAUAAAGUUUUGAAAGGGGCAAGAAACCUUCCUAUUACUGCCUUGGUCAAAGCUACGUAUGCCCGAUUGGUAGAAUAUUUUGUGAAGCGUGGUGAAACUGCAAUGCAUAAGGUUAACAAUGGAGGAAGAUAUUGUCAGAAAUUAAUGGAAGCUAUAGAAAAAAAUCAACAAGUAUCUUCACAUCAAGUUCAGCGGUAUGACAUACAAAGAACAAGGUUUGAGGUUGAGGAAGCUUUUAAUCCAGUGACACAAAGGGGUGGUCAUAAGUGGACAGUCAUAUUAUCAACACGUUAUUGUGAAUGCGGGAAAUUUAAGGCUCUCCGAUAUCCAUGCUCACAUGUCAUAGCUGUUUGUGCUCAUAUAAGUAUAGACUUUUGGCAAUUUGUGGAUCCUGUUUAUACUUUACAUAAUGUUGUGAAUGCAUAUUCAUCUCAGUGGUGGCCUCUUGGAAAUGAAAAUAAUAUUUUACAAAAUACUGAGUGGAAGUUAGUGCCAGAUGUAGAAAGAGUACGAGGUAAAGGAAGACCAAAGGCUACUAGAAUUAGGAAUGAAAUGGAUUGGGUCGAGUCACAACCACGACAAAGAUGUAGGUUGUGUAGACAGCCUGGUCAUAAUCAACGUCAAUGUCCUCAACAGAAUGAUCGUAAUCAUCACCAUGUGUAA